GCAGAGGCUGAACUGAAGCAGAGGAGAACUGAAGAAUGUCUGGUACAUGCAGAGACCAUUGAAACACUUUCUGUGACUGGAUGACAGCAACCUCCUGUCAGAAGCAUUAUUUUAUUUGCAAUUUCAAGUUUAUAGAGGAUUUGGUUUUCGAAAGUUGGGCAAACCUAUAGUUUCAAAAACAACUCUCCUUCAACAAGUUCUGUUUCCAAGAGCAGCCUUAACCAUUUGUCCCUUCUGGCGUACCCUCUUCCAAUGAAAUCCAUGCAGAGUAGACCAGAGAUGGGCAGCAGUGAACCCCUUCCCAUUGCAGAAAGUGACAAGAGGAAGAAGAAGAAGCGGAAGGCCCGGGCCACUGACUCCUUGCUCGGAAAAUUUGAAGAUGUGUACAAGCUGACCUCUGAAUUGCUUGGAGAGGGAGCCUAUGCCAAAGUUCAAGGUGCUGUGAACCUGCAGAAUGGCAAAGAGUAUGCCGUCAAAAUCAUCGAAAAACAAGCAGGGCACAGUCGGAGCAGGGUAUUUCGAGAGGUGGAGACGCUCUAUCAGUGUCAAGGAAAUAAGAACAUUUUGGAGCUGAUUGAGUUCUUUGAAGAUGACACAAGGUUUUACUUGGUCUUUGAGAAAUUGCAAGGAGGCUCCAUCCUGGCCCACAUCCAGAAGCGGAAGCACUUCAAUGAGCGAGAGGCCAGCCGAGUAGUACAGGAUGUGGCUGCUGCCCUUAACUUCCUGCACACCAAAGGCAUCGCUCACCGAGAUCUGAAGCCAGAAAAUAUAUUGUGUGAAUCUUCAGAAAAGGUGUCUCCAGUGAAAAUCUGUGACUUUGACUUGGGCAGUGGGGUGAAAUUGAAUAACUCCUGCACCCCCAUAACUACACCAGAGCUGACCACUCCGUGUGGCUCUGCAGAGUACAUGGCCCCAGAGGUGGUGGAGGUCUUCAUAGAUGAGGCCACAUUUUACGACAAGCGCUGCGACCUAUGGAGCCUGGGCGUGGUCCUCUACAUUAUGCUGAGUGGCUACCCCCCCUUUGUGGGUCACUGUGGGGCUGACUGUGGCUGGGACCGGGGAGAGGUCUGCAGGGUGUGCCAGAACAAGCUGUUUGAGAGCAUCCAAGAAGGCAAGUAUGAGUUUCCUGACAAGGACUGGGCACACAUCUCCAGUGGGGCCAAAGACCUCAUUUCCAAGCUCCUGGUUCGAGAUGCGAAGCAGAGACUGAGCGCUGCCCAAGUUCUGCAGCACCCGUGGGUGCAGGGGCAAGCUCCAGAAAGGGGACUCCCCACGCCGCAAGUCCUCCAGAGAAAUAGCAGCACAAUGGACCUGACACUCUUCGCGGCCGAGGCCAUUGCCCUUAACCGCCAGUUGUCUCAGCACGAGGAGAAUGAACUGGCAGAGGAGUCAAAGGCACUGGCCAAGGGCUUCUGCUCCAUGAAGCUUUCCCCUCCCUCCAAGUCACGCCUGGCCCGGCGGAGGGCCCUCACCCAGGGAGGCCGCAGUGGAGAUGAAGGACCCGGCCCACACCCACAGCUCUCUGACCGACCCCAGUCACACCUUUCAGGCCCUGGAAACCUGUGAGGCUAAAGUCUGCAGAUCCGGCAGAGGGACCUGCUGUGUGGCCACAGCCGGACUUUCUCAUCCACAGAGGCCCUGAGGUUCCCACCAACCCCCCAUUUCCUCAGAGACCUCAAGGAAAAAGCUUUUUCCAAAGGGGUCGUCUUUGAAAAGGAAAGCAAUCACUUGUCACUUUGCAUAAUCGCCUGAGGCAGGGACAUCUCUGCUGGGCUCCUGCCCACCUGCUCACCCGCCUGCAAAUCCUGGAUCCAGCCUGCUCUCCUGAAUGGGUGGCAGUGGUGGCUGGUGCUGCAGCCUUCAGGGAGCCAGCCUUGAGAAGUGUCAGUUGACAGAGGCUCUUCCCUCCCUGCACUGUCACCCCCUCCUCUGUUGGUCCUUCCACCUUCCUCUGUCCUCUGGAUGUCCUCCCCCUGGGCUGAGCAAAGCCAUCCCCUCAAUUCAGGGAAGGGCAGAGACUUCGCAUUCCGGAAGCCAGAUCAGUCUUCCAGUCUGUAGCACAGAGAAGCACAUAAUCUUUCUUUGCCGUGACUGAAGUGUGUCCCUCAUUUAUCAUCGUCUUCCUUGUCUGGGAUUGCUGCUAAAGUCUGCAGUAUUUUGUUUUUUAAAAUGUUUGUUUUUUUAACCAUGCUCUUCCAGCAAAGAUGGGAGUUUAAACGCCCACUGCAAGCCCAUGGACUUGCCAGAGCGUGCAGAGGCUCGCUCUUCUUUUCCUGGAUGUCCAUGCAUUUGUAAGGUUUUAAUCCGCUGUUUCCUAUUAUUCUAACUGGUUUUAAACUAUCACACCACGAUGAGUGACUUAGAGACCCAGUCUGCUGCUGCAUCUUAGGCCUGGUAUGGAAGGCAGCACAGGUCCCAGCAGUUACAAGGAGCUCUGUGCCUGAUGUAGAGCCAGAUCCAAGGCAGCCCAGCUGCCCUGGUCUGAGCGAGGUGGCACUUGCUACCUGCCAAGAGCAUGAAGGCAAACCUGGCAUCAGAUAAGCUGAGCUGCUGAGUUACCUAAAGAAAAUCAGUAUGUGUAUCUUAGAUAUUUAUACAACACAACGAUGCUAUUACACAUUGUGCUUGUUUUAAUAAAACUUUUAAAUUGUA